CUCAGCACAACACAGCGAAUCAGCAGCUAUCAUUUUGCAAUUGCCACGCCGUUUGACUUUCACUCAGUUGAGCUGUUGUUGUUAGGGUGCGUUUUUUUCGCCACAUGCGAAAAAGCAGCUUAUAAUCCCUUCCAAGGCUUUGCAUGACUGCUGUAAGGAAGAUGGCAAACAACUCAUGACAGCUCCGCCUCUCAUUAAUAUGCAAAUAUAUGCGCACUGUUCCCAUUUGAGGCUUUGCAUGACUGCAGUAAGGAAGAUGACGGAGUACGUGCCAAGACCCUGCGUCCUUUGUGGACCCUCUGGAUCCGGCAAGAGCACCCUUAUCAAGAAACUCAUGGAGGAGUACAAAGAGUACUUUGGAUUCUCAGUCAGUCACACAACGAGGAAGCCAAGACCGGGAGAGCAAGAUGGAAUUCAUUAUCACUACACAAAUCGGGAAUGGAUGGGAGCUGCCAUCACGAACGGGGAAUUUAUAGAAAACGCAGAAUUCUCAGGGAAUCUCUACGGAACAAGUAAAAAGGCUGUACAAGACGUACUGAGUCAAAACAAGAUCUGCAUUCUUGACAUCGAUAUGCAAGGUGUUCUCCUCAUACAGAAAACCAACCUGAAACCAAUCUACAUCUUCAUCAAGCCACCGGAUAUGAAAAUAUUGGAAGAGAGAUUGAGGAAUCGAAAAACAGACACAGAAGAGGCAAUUCAGAAGAGGCUUGAGACGGCGAGGAAAGAGAUGGAAUUCAUUCAAACUCAGAAGGAAUCGCCCAACUCUCACAUCGUUAUCAACGAUGACGUAGACGUCGCUUACGAGAAACUCAGGGGAAUCUUAAGCGGCCCCGUCUCGCAACUAAAGAGCCUCAAGUAUAAGACCAAGACUCUUUGCGAUCCGCCGUAAUGAAACCCCCAUGUAGCAUUUUAUUCCUCUUUCUCACUGGUGGUGGUGAUGGUCUCUGCCUUUAAGGUAUUAUGGAUUGGUCAGGAUAAAAAAUGUUUGUGUUGUUUAUAGUAUGAAAGCUUACUGAUCAUAAAGUUCAUACUAAGACUCUUUUUUCUGUGAAUUUUUUCUCCCUGAUAAUCAUAUUUGAGAAAAUUGUAUCUGAAAACCUUUUGUUUUUAAACUGAUUUUGGCAGUUACAUCCAAAAUUAAGGACAUGUCACAAUGUGUGUUUACAUGCUGAAAAUUGUGCAUGGUUUUUCACUCUUUUCUCCUGACACAAACAACAGAAGCAAACAUUUUCACAUUUUUUGUUAUUUCAUGUCUGGUUAAUUACACAAAACAUGAACACUGUUGGCAGCUAUUUUGUCAGCUCUACCAGUGAGGUAUAAAUACCCUUUAAACUUUUAUACAAAGCCUAUCUGACAUCCAAAACUGGCUUUGAAUGAUUAGAUGCCAAUCCCAAUUGUACCUUAAAGAAAUACUUCACUUGUAUUAACAGGGUUUUCUAUACUAACCCUGUAGACACGGCCAGUAUGGGCUGCAAAUUUUGCACAAUUUGAUCUACCCAGCUUAGAGGCUGCAGCCAGCUGUAUAAAUAAUCUGAUGGCUCAAUAGGCUGACGGCCCUGUAGUCAUUUGUCCACUAAUGGGCUGCAGAAAAUAACGGUUGUUGUAAAAACGGGAUAUCCUCCGAGUUAGGGAGUCACAUAGUUACUACUUUGUACAUGUAUAACCCUGGUCGGGUGUUUGUUUCCUUUACUCAACAAGUGCUAGUGUAACAGAGACAGUCCAGGGUUUGAUCACAAGUGGUCGUUUGAGGUACAUUUUCUUGUUUUGUUUCGCAGCCCGUGAAUUGUUUCCAAUUUUUUUAAAUGGCGUUAAGUAGUUUUCGAGA